AUGGGUACCUACCCCCACCCGAUACGAACCCCGUUCUGUAAGGCUCUGAUGGGUACCUACCCCCACCUGGUACGAACCCCGUUCUGCAAGGCUCUGAUGGGUACCUACCCCCACCUGGUACGAACCUCGUUCUGCAAGGCUCUGAUGGGUACCUACCCCCACCCGGUACGAACCCCUAUCGCCGCCGUCCGUUCCGACGUCCUGGGGACGUCUCGAACGUUAAUGCGAGCGGUCGUGAAAAGAUGGGUGAGACUCGCGUUUUUUGUUAAAAUUGUGUUCAUUGCUUCCGAGGCGCUCAACACUGAACUGUCCUCUAAUAAAAGCAAGGUUUUCGAAAAUGGGUUCUUUUGGAGUCGCCACCAAUGUUUUGACCGGAAACAUUGGAAAAGGAAAAAAGGCGUUGAUUUUAAUAAAAACCAACUUGGCCAUUAUAACCAGAGUUGGGUAAGGGAGUUAGUUACAUGUGGGGAAGGUGUUAGCACCCCCACAACGCCCCUUUCGGCAGUAAAGAAGAAGAGAAUUGAGAAAAACCUCCGUAGCAAGCUUUAUAUUAUGAUUCUUGUACAAAGAGGACGCGUUUCGGCAGUCCUUCGCUCUACAAUU